AUGCAAUCGCCGGGUUUAAUGCUGUUGGCGCCUGGAAGCAAUAACACGACCAGACGCGAUAUCGCGCCGUACACGACUCCCUUAACGGACGGCCGUGUCCCCAGGCACGCGAUGCCCCGUCACCCAUUCACCAACCCCAGCCGCCUGGCACGUACGAUUCGCUCUUCUACUGUCACUCGUGCUACACCUGCCUUUUGUUAG